AUGACGACAAUCGUAGCCAUAGAGACCUCAAUGGGCACAUUCACGCUCGAGCUCUACACCGACCAUGCCCCCAAGACCUGCGAAAACUUCUCCUCCCUCGCCCGCCGCGGCUACUACAACAACACCCCGAUCCACCGCAUAAUCCCCAACUUCAUGUUCCAGGCCGGCGAUCCCACCGGCACCGGCCGCGGCGGCAGCUCUAUCUGGGGUCAGCCCUUCGAGGACGAGAUCCUCCCCGAGCUGCGCCACACGGGCGCCGGCAUCCUCUCCAUGGCGAACUCGGGGAAGAAUACGAACGGGUCGCAGUUCUUCGUCACGUUAGCGCCGACGCCUUGGCUUGAUGGGAAGCACACCGUCUUCGGCAGGGUCAAGAGCGGGAUGGGCGUCGUGAAGAGGCUGGGACUUGUCAAGACGGGUGCUGAGGACCGACCGGUGGAGGAUGUGAAGAUCGUGAGGGCCUGGGUUGUGGAUGACGCCGAGAAUGCCGUAACCGGGGUAUAG